AUUCAAGGCAGAAAGACAACUCAAACUUCAAUUGACACAUAAGUGCAGUUUGCACUAAGGAAGUGGUUAACAAAAAAGAUAAGACGGUGGUGGGAAAGACAUAAUUUAUGUGAAAGGUUUAUUCUGUAUUCAUGUAAGACUUGGUUGGUAUGAACUCUCUAGAAUGACUCUUUCCAAUGUUACGUACUUUUCUUCAGAAAACAGCAUUCCUCCUACAGAUUAUUAUGAUACCACUGAUGAUGUUGUUUAUCUCUGUGACAAAGACGACGUAAACAGGUUUGGUGCAAAGUUUAUACCAGCUGUUUAUUAUGUGAUUUUCAUGCUGAGUUUCCUUGGCAAUGGAUUGGUCUUACAUAUUAUUUUUAAAUAUGAGACUCUGAACACUACCACCAACAUAUUCAUCCUGAACUUGGUCAUUUCUGAUUUGGUGUUUGCCUUCUCCUUGCCAUUUUUGGCGUCAUAUCAUUCAUCUGAGUGGAUCUUUGGCAGAGGAAUGUGUAAGCUGAUAGGCAGCAUCUAUUUUAUUGGAUUCUAUAGCUCCAUUCUGUUUCUUACCCUGAUGACAUUUGACAGGUAUCUAGCUGUAGUCUAUGCUGUGACUGCUGCAAAGAAGAGACGUGUGUUGUACGCUUUUGUUUCCAGUCUAGUAACUUGGUCUAUCAGUAUUUUAGCAUCCAUAAAGGAAUUCAUAUUCUAUGAUGUCAGAGAAGACAAAAAAUUGGGGACAUUGUGCGAAGAAACUGGGUACUCUGCUGAGGUCAUGAACACAUGGAAAAUGGUGGGUUAUUACCAACAAUUUGUUUUGUUUUUCUUGUUCCCCUUGAUUGUUGUAACCUACUGCUACAGCAGAAUUAUCCACACAAUUUUUAAAACCAAAAUGAAGGAGAAGGCCCGGGCAGUAAAACUCAUCUUCAUCAUUGUGGUCACUUUCUUCCUCUUCUGGACCCCAUAUAACAUAGUUGUUUUCCUCAAAAGCCAAGAAGACAGGUCCUCCUGCAGUGAUGGUCUUGACUAUGCUUUAUAUGUCACACGUAAUAUAGCUUAUUUGUAUUGUUGUGUUUGUCCAGUGUUUUAUACAUUUCUUGGCAAAAAAUUCCAGAAUCAUCUGGCUAAAGUAGGUGGCAAAUGGGUCCCUUUAUUGAGAAUUCAGUCAAUAACCAGUCAGAGUGGAAAAGCUACAGAUCAAAGAAAUCCUCAAACUAUAUGUGAGUAACAUCACUUGAGUAUUAACUUUUCAUUGCAGGACUAAUUACACACAAAGUGUAAAAAAUGUAACAAAACAAUAAGGAUUUGAUUGAUUGCAUGCAAAAUGUAAUAAAUGACAUAAAACCUCAGUAGGUUUGAAGAGAUACUGCAAUGGUUAAAAGACGAUCUGAGUUAUUUUAGGGUAAUAUAAUUUGCAAAUAAUAUUUUAUAUAUACAUACUUAAACACACACACAUAUUUACACAGAUAGAUAGAUAGAUAGAUAAAUAGAUAGAUAUGCACAUGUACUAUUUGCUUGAUCAUAUUAUUCUCUAAUUUUUAUUAGAAUGCUUGUUAUGUGAUGCAUUGAAGGCACUGCACUCAUACUGCUUUGGUUUUAUUAAUGAGAAAGAAAACUGAUAAUCAUUACUGAAGAGCUGCAUUGAUUUAAAAUAGUUUAGUAGGGCAAUUUUUAAUUAAAACUUUGUUUUAAUGUUUGAUUAAUAAAUCUUAAUACAUCUAUGAAUGAUGCUUCAAUGCUAUUUCUUUCAUGUUCUGUUCUGCCAUUACUAUUAUUGCUUAGGUGUGUAAAGUUUCUUUUAUUUUAGUUCAUAUUUUUAGAAAAUGUUUUCUUUAUACUAAAAAAUAAAAAGACUACGUAGCUAGCACUUAACAGCAUCCGUUUUUUAAAUACCAUAGGAUUCUGUUAAGCACUUGUGAUUAAAUAGAUGAUUAAAUUAACCUCAAGCUUAUAAUAUCAACCCAUAGUAGGUGCGUAUGGAUUCAACACUUUCAUUUUAUAGUACAAGCUGAUUCAGUUACUUGCAUGUGCAUUCUGCAAUAUAUUCUUAUUGCGUCUACUUCUCAACUUGCACAUUCUCAUCUGCAGCUUUUUUUGCUUUGAUAUUCCAGUCUUUCUCUCGUAUCCCAAAGAUGUGCUUGUUAUUUUAAUUAGCGGUUAUACAUUUUCCUAGUAUGAAUGAAUAUAUGUGUGUGUGUACCCUGAGGUGCCCAUUUGGUACCCAGCACUCCUGAGAUACACACCCUGAGAGGGAGAAAAAGACAUCAGAAUUAAUGGAUGUAAAAAUAAAGUAUUUCAAUUUUUCAAAAGAAAAAAAAGUCUGUCUCAGUAACUUAAAUAUUUUGAAAUGUACAGUACAUGUGAAUGUAUCAUGCUGGGUCAAAUUCUGGUAGUCCCUGUCUUAGUUUGCACAUUCGCCUCUGUGUGUUUGGAUUAUUUCCUUUUACUCUGGUUCUCCUUCCACAUUUUAACGACAGACGUUAAGAUUCAUUUAAAUUGGUCAUGUAAGAAAUGAGUAUGGGUGUGAAGGGGCAGAAGGGUGACCUGCAAUCGGUUACGGUAGAUCCCCUCCAGAGUUUUUUCCUGCAUUACACCAAUGCCUUUAAUGUAAAGUCUUUUCUAUUUGACUAAAUAUAAUUAAGAGGAUUAAAGAAAUGGAGAGAUUGAUGUUUAACUUCCACUCAUAUACUAGAUAUCUGCAGUAUGCUAGUCAUAGAUUUAUCAGUCCAUUGAUAAAUGCAAUAUUAAUAAGUUAAAGCUAUUGUUUCAGUUACAGCAAUUCUUACAUUUCUGUUUCAGUUAUUUGAUGUGUCAUGUAGAUUCUGUUUAUAUUUAUUUUAUAAAAUCUUUUAUUCAUUUUUUGUUUAAUACUUUUCUAAUGACAAGUUAUAUUAAUAAAUACAUAAAGAUAUUAACAGUACAUGUAGGCAUAUCUGCGGUGGGCUGGCGCCCUGCCCAGGGUUUGUUUCCUGCCUUGCACCCUAUGUUGGCUGGGAUAGGCUCCA